UGUCUCCACUUGUGAACAUACUGUGGUGUUUGUGAUGAUGCCCUUAAAAAUACGGUGUGCGGGUGAUGUGUGUGCAGGUGCCUCAAGCUUCUCCUGCAAGAUGUGUUCCACAAAUCCAGCAAAUUGGGUCACCUUUGAUGAUGAGCCGCUCUUCCAGUCACCUCAGAAAUCAGUUGAUACUCAGAGUAGCUGUAAAGCAAAUGGCCUUAAACUCAAUCUGUCUAGUGUGCAUGAGUCUUCAAGUAGGUCAUCUUCUACAGGCAGCACUCCACUCUCAUCUCCUGUAGUUGAUUUCUACCUAAGUCCUGGACCUCCCAGCAACUCUCCACUUACUACACCUACCAGAGACUACCCAGGAAACCCGUGUAUCCCAAAGUCUGGGAUUCACAUGCUUUAUCCCAUCCCUGAAUGGCCUUCAAACGUUAACCUUCUUCCAUCACCCGGGAUUUGCUCAUCCCUAGCCUCACAGAAACCGAGCAGCCUUCCUUUGAACACCUCACCUAAUGACCAUCCAGUUAAGGCUUCAGUCUCCAAAUCAGCAGACAAAGGAAGCCCUAACUCACCAGGAAGCUGUGAGGAGUUAGCUCCAGGGCGCUUCCCAUACAUCCAGAGUGACUGUGCUUUUUCCAGUCCUUUUUGGAAGGAAGGGUGCUCGCUCAGCAUGUCGCCAGCUAAUGUUAGCAUGCACAAGAAGGACAGAGUGCUCGACAGGAGCAUCUGUCACCCUAAAGACAAAGAAACUUGUCACGAUCAGAAAAGCCUUAACCAGGGCUCCUUCAGUUACAUCUGUGAGAGGCUUGAACACCUGCAGGUUGAUAGCUGUGACACCGUGGAAAACCCACCCGUCUCCAGCACUCACGCGUGGCACAAGCUCUCCCCCACUAUCCCACACAGCCUCUUCAGGAGCCGGAAAGCAGAUGGGUGGCCAUUCAUGCUGAGGAUUCCUGAAAAGAAGAACAUGAUGUCAUCUCGGCAAUGGGGCCCUAUUUACCUGAGCGUCCUACCCGGAGGUGUGUUGCAGAUGUAUUACGAAAAGGGCCUGGAGAAACCUUUCAAGGAAUUCCAGCUGCAGCCACAGUGUAAGCUAUCCGAACCCAAAUUAGAGAGCUACAAUGUCUCGGGAAAAAUCCAUACUGUGAAGAUCGAGUGUGUGUCAUACACAGAGAAAAGGAGGUAUCAUCCCAAAGUAGAAGUGAUCCAUGAGCCAGAGGUUGAGCAGAUGUUAAAACUGGGCACCACAGAUUAUAAUGACUUCACUGAUUUCCUCGUAACAGUUGAGGAAGAGCUUAUGAAACUUCCUACUCUUUCUAGACAAAAGAGGAAUUAUGAAGAGCAAGAAAUGACUCUGGAAAUAGUGGAUAACUUCUGGGGGAAAGUCACUAAGGCAGAAGGAAAACUCGUAGAAAGUGCCGUCAUCACGCACAUUUACUGCCUCUGUUUUGUGAAUGGAGGUGCUGACUGUUUUCUAACCCUGAAUGACCUGGAGCUCCAGAAGAGGGACGAGCGUUACUUCGACAAGGAGGAGGAGAAGAAGUGGAUCGAUAUUCUCGACUGCCAUUUCCAUAACUGUGUCAAAGCACAGGAAUUCGAGCAGUCACGGAUUAUUAAGUUUACACCUCCGGAUGCCUGUAGGCUGGAACUGAUGCGUUUCAGGACACGGUAUAAUGGGCAAGACCUUCCCUUUUCCGUGAAGGCUGCGGUAGUGGUUCAGGGGGCAUACAUUGAACUUCAGGCUUUUAUAAAUAUGUCUUCAACUGCUCCGAUCCCAACGUGUUUACCCUCUGUGAAAUACUGUGAAAACGUUAUGAUACGCUUUCCUGUUCCCACACAGUGGAUCAAAGCACUUUGGACCAUGAACCUCCAAAGGCAGAAGUCCCUAAAAGCAAAAAUGAAUAGGAGAGCAUGCCUUGGCGCUUUGCACGAGGUUGAAUCCGAUCCUGUAAUACAAGUCUCAGUUGGAACAGCAAAAUACGAGAGUGCCUACAGGGCUGUGGUGUGGAAGAUUGACAGGCUUCCAGAUAAAAAUUCAAGUUCAGAUCAUCCACACAGCCUGUCUUAUAAGUUGGAGCUUGGAUCAGACCAGGAAAUACCAUCUGACUGGUAUCCAUUUGCUACUGUCCAGUUUGUUGUUCAUGAUACCUGUGCCUCAGGAACAGAAGUCAAGUCUCUGGGCAUAGAGAGUGAUCUGCAGCCCCAGAAACACGUGGUUCAGAAAGCUUUUUACAAUUGCCAGUCUAUGCUGUACAAGUCCAUUAUUGAAGAUGUGAUUGAAGGUGUGCGGGAACUUUUUGCAGAAGAGGGGGUAGAGGAGCGGGUUCUGAAAGACUUGAAGCAGCUUUGGGAAACCAAGGUGACAGAGUCUAAAGCAACAGAAGGCUUCUUCAGGCGUGGCCACUGUUCUCCACAGUUCACCCUGCAGCUGCCACACAAUUUUCACAGUGUUCUGCAGGCUUCAGCAGCUUCUUUUGUCAUCCCAGCUGGCAGAGGUUUUCAGCAUUUCACAGCUGCAGAACUGGGGCCCUCACAAGCAGGGACAACUCUUGCUCUCCCUUCGGCUGUUGCUUAUCCCAUACACCUGCCAGCUGGAGUGACACUACAGACAGCCCCAGGGCAACUUUAUAAAGUAAAUGUGCCUGUUAUGGUUACACAGGCCUCAGGAGAUAGCAGCAUUCUACACCCUCCUGUGCAGCAGAUAAUUCAUCCCCUUGGGCAACCUUCACUUCUGCAAGCCAGCGUUGCCGGUGUUGCACAGAUGAAUGCACCUUCUUUCCAGGCAGCUGGUGAAACAUUGCAACCCCAGGAGGCUGUUGUCCAACAGACUAUGAUAUUUAAACCAAACAUUGCAGAAAAAAAACCCCUGGAGAACUCUGCUUCAUUGGUCCAGCAGCCUCCUGAGAGUCAGCAGGAACUUGCAACUAAUGCAGUGUUGAAUCGGUGUGCAGACUCCACAGAAAACUCCCAGCACGACAAUCUUCACACAGCUGUGUUUACUCCAGAAUCCUCUGUAGGGCUUUUUCUCGAUGAAUCCUUGGCAAACAGCUCGAGCAGUGUACUGCUGGAUGUGGAGGGGCAGUUGGACAUGGAGCCUCCAGACCUGGUGCAGCAGCAGGUGUCUGAUGAUAUCAUUGACCUGAUUAUCUCGAGUGAAAGUUUGGAUGACAAUGCAUUCCUGAAAGGUCAGGGCAGCAUUGCUUCCUCUGACAAGACAGAAUAUAACUUCCGAUCGGAGAAGGAUACCUGCAGUGCCAUUGAAGGCAUAAUCCAGCUAGAUGGUACUGGUGAUGUUUCUGCCAAGGAGGAAAUAGCAUGUACAAAAAAUAAGGAAGAGAAUGAAUUCAUUGGAAUUAUUGAAUCAGAGGAUCUAAAAGUUCUGGAUGAUGAGGAAGACUAUGAUGAAGAAUGUGACAGUACUUCAAAUAUGGAGUCUAGCUGCAGUGGUGGUGAUAAUGAAGACCUCCAAAUAGAUAUAGUUGAGGAGGACCCCUUGAACUCUGGUGAUGAUGUCAGUGAACAGGACAUUCCAGACUUAUUUGACACCGACAACGUGAUCGUUUGUCAGUACGACAAGAUACAUCGAACUAAGAACAAAUGGAAGUUCUUCUUAAAAGAUGGAGUGAUGUCCUUUGAGGGUAAAGACCAUGUUUUUGCAAAAGCCAUUGGAGAUGCAGAGUGGUGAAACCUCACUGAAGCGGGGACUUUAAGACUGUGGCAUUAUUCCCUUAUGAACCUUCUACUGUGAAACAACUGGACUUUCUAUUGUUUUGCCAUAAAACCUCCCAACAAAUAAUAAAACAACAAAGCUGUGAUAAAAAUAUGCAAAAUAUGUGCAGUUAAUACAUGCACACUAAAACACUGUAUUGUUAGCUACUCAGCUGUCUUUGCGGUUCUUUUCUGACUAUUUCAUCACUUUUCCAACCAAGAAACAUCAUUAGAAUGAUUAGCUUUAAAGUUUGAAAUGUUGUAUAUGUUAGUAUUUCUUUACUUUCUUGAAUUACAAAGUAAAUUCUAGUUCUGUUGGGUUUGUUUCAACUUCUUAAGAGCUAAAGUAUGACUUGAAAUAUAAAACUACACAGUUGCUGUUGAUACCAUGUAUUUCUUUUCAAAGACUGCUGAGUUAAAAAAAGAAAAGGAAAACCACAUCUGUGCAAGUUUGAAACCUCUUGUCUUUCCUUCCUCUUCUGGUUUUUUUUGUGUUUUUUUGACAUCAGUUUAAAGGCAGGCGUUUUAGAUCGAAGUAAGGGAAAUGUGGAUCCUGGAGUUCUCAAUAUAUGAGAAUUAUUAUUG